AUGGUGACUGGGUCCAAAGCCGGCGGUAAUCGGGUGAUGGGACCCGAUGAUGAAGCGAAGAAGAUGAUUGAAUCGAUAAAGGAAAUUGUGGGUAAUCACUCCGACGCCGAUAUUUACACCGCCUUAAAAGAAGCGGACAUGGACGCUGAUGAGGCCGUGCAGAAGCUGAUUCAUCAAGAUCCAUUUCACGAGGUUAAGAGGAAGAAAGACAGGAAGAAAGAGGAUCCAGUGUUUGUUGAGCCUGCCAACAGAAAGAAACCUCUUGAAAAUGUUACCAGUGAAGUGAAAGUUCGUACACAGCCUGAACAUAAUGUUCGGAGAGGAGGCUUCAAUAGGAAUUUCUUACCCAGGAACGCUGCUCCCCGAAAUGCAUAUCCCAGGAAUCCUACCGCUGGACCCAACAGAGAGUUUCGUGUUGUUAGAGACAACAGGUCUAAUCCAAAUGUUGAUGAAAAGUUGAAGCAUCCUUCCGCCCAGUCUUCUGGAUCAAAUAUUAGCAAAGUGGUGGCCACUGCUAACAAAAAAAGCUCAACAGGUGGUUUAGGCAAUCAUCGCUCUUCUGGAGCUCAAGAUUUUGCUGACGAGUGUAAUGCACCAGCAGAUGUCAGCCUCAGGGAGGCAGAAAUUGCUCCUUUGCACCAUCCCACUAGAAAAGAACACUCUGAUGGAAAGCAGACAGCCCAUGAAGUUACCUCGCCAUCAACAAAUUCAGUUCUUGGUGUAUAUUCGUCUUCCACUGAUCCAGUUCAUGUACCAUCUCCUGUUUCUAGAUCAUCGCCUGUGGGAGCUAUUAAACGUGAAGUAAGGGGUGCAGGUUUUGGUGGGAAACCUUCUGAAAAUGUUGGUAAAGAUCCAUCUCCAUCUGCUGGUUCUUUGCCAGGGUCUGCUAUUCGAAAAAUGGGGACUGCAAAUGCAUAUCGACCGCCUUCCCCAACUUCAAAGAUUGAUCAACUCAGUCAAACUACUACUCGAGAGUCUGUUAUGCCCAGCGGUGUGGAAAAGAAUAGGCCUCUUUUGAACAGACAGCGUGGGAGUAGAGGAAGCCAACAUGCUAGAACACAACAAGUUGGUGGCCAUACAAAAGGAGUCUCACAGAACAAGGAGUGGAAGCCUAAAGCAAAUCAGAAACCUGUUGGUCAGAAUCCUGGAGUAAUUGCAACACCUACAAAGUCUCAGGCUCGUCGUCCUGUUGAUAAUUCUAUAAACUUGGAAUCAGAAGCUGCUAAGUUGCAAGAUAAGCUUUCCCAUAUUCAUAUCAGUGAAAGUCACAAUGUCAUCAUCCCAGAUUAUAUUCGCGUCCCGGAGACUGACCGCUGUCAGCUAACUUUUGGUAGCUUUGUUCAAGAGUUUAAUUCUUCAAGGAAUUCAGCAUCUGCUUUCCAGGAAUCCUGCUCUUCCGAAGAACUUAAAGAAUCUGAUCCUAGUUCGCGAGUUACUUCUCCUGAGGCUGUAACAGAUGGACCGGGCGUUCAGCCUAUCGAUAUUCUUGAUGAUCAUGUCAGAGUUUCUGGAUCUGACUCACCCGUCUCGGUGGCAUCUGAGCAACAGUUACCCGAACAGAAGGAGGCUCAUAGAUCUGACAAUUUGGAUGAGUACUCGGGAAUUCAAUUGCUCAAUAGGAAUGGUCCAUCUUAUACUCCUUUAGAGUUUGAACAGCAGCAAGGUCCUCCUGAGUUGCAAAAAUUUUCUCAGGCAUAUGAUAAUCAUGGUAGUUAUGACUUUCCGUAUUUUACUCCUGCAAUGGGUGAAAACCUACGAGGACAAGGAUUACCAUCUCCACUGGAGCAGGCAUUCAGCACUCACAUGGUGAAUAAUGGCCCUUCAUCUACGGUUCCCAUGUUGCAGCAACAACAACAGGCAUCAAUGCAACAGAUAUACCCGCAGGUUCAUGUUUCACAUUUUCCCAAUCUCAUGCCUUAUCGUCAGAUUCUCUCCCCAGUCUAUGUUCCCCAGAUGCCCAUGCCAGGGUACUCAGGUAACCCAACAGCAUAUGCACACCCUUCAAAUGGCAAUAGCUAUGUGCUGAUGCCUGGAGGCGGUUCUCAUCUCGGUUCAAAUGGUGUCAAGUAUGGUAUCCAGCAAUUCAAACCAGUCCCGACAGGUGGGCCGACGGGUUUUGGUAAUUACAGCAACCCUAAUGGAUAUCAAAUCAAUUCUCCCAAUGUAGUUGGAAACAUGGGACUUGAAGAUUCAUCUCGCAUGAAAUUUAAAGAUGGAAAUAUUUAUGUUCCAAAUCCUCAGGCUGAGACUUCUGAGAUUUGGAUGCAAAAUCCAAGAGAUCUUUCAAGCCUUCAGUCUCCUCAAUAUUACAACGUAGCUGGACAAACGCCUCAUGGUGCUUAUUUGCCAUCCCAUACAGCACAUCCAUCCUUCAAUGCUGCUGCUGCAGCAGCACAAUCAUCUCAAAUGCAGUUCCAGGGUCUCUUCCACCCGCCACAGCCUGGUGCUAUGGGGAAUCCACACCACAUGGGACCUGGGCUUGGUGGUAAUGUUGGUGUCGGGGUCGUGCCCUCUCCUCCUCCGUCUCAACUUGGUGCUUAUCAGCAAUCACAACUUGGUCAUCCGAACUGGCCAGCAAACUUCUGA